AGUGUUAGUGAAGAUUUAUUCAAAGUAGCUAAAAUGAAAAGUUUAGAUUUAAGUAAAGAAAAGAGCAAAUCUGUAACUAAUUUAAUUACUAAAGAUUCUUAUAUAACCAAAUAUACAAGACUUGAAACUAAAAAAGAUAAUCAUAUUAAGUAUGAUAAUAGAUAUAUAAAUAAAUAUCAAGAAAGUGCAAAUAAGAAUAAUAAAUACAAAGCAAGUACUGUCUAUGAUAGUAGAAGUUUUGCAUGUAGUCAUGAAAAGUUAAGAAAAGACAAGAAAAAAGUAAUUUAUCCUUUAGUUUACAAUACUAGAAAAUGA